AUGAAUGGACCUUCAUAUUACGAAUUCUAUAGAAGAAGCACUGUGGGCACUACAUUGGCAGAUGCUUUAGAUACGCUUAUCGUAGAUCAGAGAAUCCAGCCACAAUUGGCUAUGAAGAUCUUGGCAAACUUUGAUAGAGUCACCUCAGAUAACCUUAGGGACAUAGUGAAGUCCAAGCUAAGCUUUAAAGGUCAUCUUCAUACGUAUCGUUUCUGUGAUGAUGUGUGGACUUUUGUGAUCAAGGAUGUCAACGUUAAGUUUGAUGACAACGAAACGAUAAAUGUGGACAGGUUUAAGAUUGUCGCAUGCAAUAGUAAGAAAUCGGGGGAAAAUUGA